CACGGUGACGACUGUAACAAGCGGGUCCGGGAGCGAGGAUGGUGGAGGCGCGCGGAGAGUCGUCGGAUCUCGAGCAGCUGUGCAGCGAGUUGGAGCAGGAGAGGCAAAUGCGGCCGUCAGUGUUCCCUUUAAUUUACUUACUGGCUUUGUGGGCAUCCAAGGCCCAUGUACUGCAGUGACUUCCAAAACCAGAUGUCAAUGCUGCAACCAGAACAGCCCUGCCUAUCAUCACAAAUAAAUCAUCAAAAUGGCUGUGGAUACAGCUUAGAGGGAACAUUGCAAGUCAUCUGUGAGGAACCACAUUCUACAAGUCCUGUCAGGGACAUGCUUGACUUAUCCGCUUCUGAUUUGCGAAACACAGUGUCUCAACUGGAAAAGCAAUUAGACAGAAUUGAAGAUGAAGGAAAUGAGUGGAAGACUCGAUAUGAAACACAACAGGAAUUGAAUUUACAACUAGAGAGACAAAUUAGAAUUUUAGAAGAGAAAAAAGAGUAUAUUCGUGGAAAUCCGACAGACAGAUUGUCUUCCAUACGUUCAUAUGAGGAGAUGCCAGUGGGUCUACUGAAACAACUGAUAAAGCAACUGGAGAAAGAAAAGAAAAGCCUUGAAAACCAGCUGAAAAAUUUUGAGUGGAGAAUAGAACAAGAAGCAAAGGCCUAUCACAAAGCCAACAAUGAACGUCGUACAUACUUAACAGAAAUCGCACAAACAACCUUAUCAAUUGAAGCAGCAAAGAAGCAAAAGGCAAAAUGGUCAAGAGAAAAGAACAUUUUGAAAGAAAAGUACAACGUGCCAACUGCUGAGAGGAUUUUAGAUCUCAAGAAAGGACCAAUCAAAAAGACAGUAGCAUUGAAACAGCUUCCAAAAUUGAAACACUGACGUUAGAAUAUUAUUAUAGAUCAGACAUGGUGAUUUGUGUGUCAGAGAAACCUGUUAUUUACUAUACUUAUAUACUAAUUUUAGAUUAAUUUAAUUGUUGCUCAUCUGAAUUAGAGAUUCUUGGUUUUGUAGAACCAGCAAUAAUAGUUUGUACAUCAGUAAAAUUUAAUAAAUUGAUUUAAAAGUG